AUGCUGGUUGUUCGGAAGUCAAACAUACUAAGAUUAUACUGUCCAUUAUGUCAGGAUCUGGUUCAUCAAAAUGUUGUGCUCUUUGUGUUUUACUUUGAGAUGAUUAUGAAUAGUUGCCCUCUGCUCUAUCUCAACUUCAAUCAUGACAGUACUGGAAGUCCUAAAUCUGAGUCCUGGAUUCGAACCUUUGACAGUAAGAAUACUAGAAAAUAA